UCAAAUUAUUUUUGGGCAGUUAUAUUGGAGGAGUUGAUCAAGAAGAACCCAUGUCAACAAUCACAUCGGUUGAUCUUUGCCGGUCGAGUUGCCGCCUUUUCGUCAAGCAUCCUGGAGUGUUUCAGCAUUUCUCAUCAGCGACAUUGAAAUGCCAACAAGGUUUCAGAACCAACCAUGAAUUGUUGUCUCUCACAGUAGGGCAGAGGAAUGUUUUUAGCAGGCAGCCAUGUAGGAAUAAGAUUGUGUGCAAUAGUUCUCCAUUACCUGGAGCUCCAGGCCCUUCACACUCCUGGAAAGGAUGGAUGAUAGGGAUAGUAUUAUCAGUAAGUUUACCCUUCUGGAGGCACAAAUGGACGCCCUUGCUAGCAAUAAAAAAGGAGGUGGACAUGAUUGUAGACACAGUUGAGGCAGUGGUGGAGGUGGUAGAACAGGUAGCUGAGAAAGUGGAGGAAGUGGCAGAUGAUAUAGGUGAUCAUCUUCCUGAUGGAAAGCUUAAGGAUGCACUUGAAGCAGUUGAAAGUAUAGCCAAAGAAGCAGCCAAAGAUGCUCACCUUGCAGACCAGCUAAUUGAGAAGGCAGAAGAAGUGGAAGAUCGGGUAGAAGACUUCUUUGAGUCAGCCGUGGAUCAAGCAGGGAAUGAAAUCACCAAAGAUGUUGGCGAUGAACAAAAUAUUGUACAAGUAGAAAAGAAAAUCCAGUGAAUAUAUAUGAGAUUUUCCAAUCAAAGAUGAACAGGAUACCAAUAAUUCUGUCAUCUCUAACUGUUUCUGUGAAAUUGUAUUCAUUAAUAUUCAUUCUUUUCUAAUAGAUUAUCAAGUUCUAUUGGUGAAAUAA